GCGGCAAAACCACAGCGGCAAAACCACAGCGGUGAGCGACGGCGUUGACAAAAAAUAGUCGUCGCCCAUACCACCUGGUAACAAUGCAGCGGCUACCUACUCGUCUCAAACACCCGAUUCCCCACUCGAGCUUGUCACCGCCAAGACGGCCGCGUGUUCAGGACAUGGCGGCCCGGAAGGAGUCGGCGGCUUCCCGCGCUGUGGACACGACAUGGUCUGUCAUGACCAUGGGACCUUUCUCGCUGGCUCUCCCAGAGACCCGAUGGGCAGAGUCUGACCACAUUCAGAUCCCAAAAUCCCACUCCGACAUCACACAGUGAGACGGAGAACUCCGGCUUGCCGCUUUCGAGACCGAGAUUGUGUGUCUGUGUCGUGUUGCACCGGUCCAGUCCAUGGGAAAGGGGACGAGAGGGAGGACGGAGUGAUCAGGGGUCGGCCAGCGUGGCCAACAAAAGCGGCAGGCAUUGGGCCGCCCGCCGCCCGGGCGUGGUGAUGCGAACCACGGCCGCGUUGCUCAGUCUGUUGAUAGGAGGACGCCUCGAUACGUGCAUACUUGGCAGCCUCAGAUAUGCCUGUGUAGGGUGCAGCGGCCCCGCUCUGGCCGCCUUUUGGCUGGCAAAUACGGUGUAGCGCACCGAGAUGAACCUGGAAGCUGCAUGGGUUGUCCUGGGGGUGUGUCCUCCUGUCUUUUCGACCAAGCGCAGCCUUUCCUUUCGGGCCCAACCCGUAAGCGAGGCCGGCCUUGCUCCGGCGGCCACUCGUUUUGCUCUCCACUUUUAGCGCCCGAGUUUGGGGGACGUGUGAGGCUUCUUUGAGGCAUGAGACGAAGCGCAGUCAUCAUUGCGAUGCAGAGUCCCAGCUAGCUCAUGUACGGCUGGCCCAGGAUGGUUAGUGGGCCGAUCAGGCCUGUCAGGAGGCGAUCCUGUUUGAUUUCGGUUCUCCUGAUCGGGGUGCGACCUCGAGAUCGUCGGAUAAGUGAAUAUAGC